ACGGAAGGCGGUGGGCGGGUCCGGCCCUCAGCGGCGGAGGGCGCCAUGGUGGGUGGCGAGGCGGCUGCAGCUGUGGAGGAGCUGGUUUCUGGUGUGCGGCAGGCGACCGACUUCGCUGAGCAGUUCCGCUCCUACUCGGAGAGCGAGAAGCAAUGGAAGGCCCGCAUGGAAUUCAUCCUGCGCCACCUGCCUGAUUACCGCGACCCGCCAGACGGCGGCGGCCGCCUGGACCAGCUGCUGUCCCUCUCCAUGGUCUGGGCCAAUCACCUCUUCCUGGGUUGCAGUUACAACAAAGACCUUUUAGACAAGGUGAUGGAAAUGGCUGAUGGGAUUGAAGUGGAAGACCUGCCACAAUUUACUAACAGAAGUGAAUUAAUGAAAAAGAAAUAGAAGAAGCCAGAAAAGCUCUGUCUGACCCCACAGGCCAGUCUGUUGCCUGGUGCCCAGGCUGAGUGAAUCACCUGCCAGCACCUUGAGUCAAAGACCAUACUUGCAGCAGCCAAAGCCAGUGGCAACUCUUCUGCUAUAGCCUUGGUCUAUCCUAUGGGAAAUUUGAGAGAUGGCUUAGGGGAUUCUCUUUCCUUUUGGACUAAAGAUGGUUUCUUUAGGUGAUACUGCAUUCUCCUAAAAAGAGAAAGCCCUCUUAUAUUUUGCUUUUGCUGAGGAAUUUCGCUUCACUUCUCAAAGACUGGAGUGACAGGCUUAAGCUAGGAAAUAGGUCAUACCUUGAAAACUCUGCUUACUAAAAAGAGUCUCAGACUGAUUCACUUGCACUGCUAAAUGUUAAGGAAAUCCAUUCAAAUAGAAGGUGACAGACAAAAUAAUUUCUUUGCACCCUGCUUAAAAGUUGUCUAAAGCCAAGUUUAAAUUUACCAAUGGUGCUAGAGAGUACCCAGAAAGAAUAUAUCUGCUUCAGUUCACCACUUUUAGAAGACAUGCAGUUUCUGUAGUUUCUAACAGUGUGAAAUCCAGAAACCUAUAACCUUCACAUCUCCUAAAUAUCCUGACUCAAUGUGAAAUGUUGUAAAUUACUAUCUGGAUUCAACUGAUUUUUUUUUUUUUUUUUU